GACAAACACUCAUCUCUCCCCUCGCGACUCAUCGCGUUGGCGGCCGCCGGACCUAGCUCGCCGCCGGCCGAUUUCGCAGCGGCCACCGUCGCCGCCGCCGCCCAUUUCCUCCUCCUCCUUCCUUCCGCCCUGUGUACGGUUCCUCUGGUAUUAGCGUUGCGCCGCCGUCGCCGCCUCCUGCACCGACAACAACGCCAAACCCUAUGUCCCUAUCUCCUCCGUCAGUCGUCGAGCGCGCGUCCUCCGCCGAUUGCCCUCCUCGCCGUGAACAGACGCCGAGACCUCCUGUGUGACUGUGCCCUCAAACCUACGGUUUCCCCCCACAGUGGCCUUCACCGAUCAAUUGAUCCCUCUCCCUCCCGCACGGUCGCACGGAGGAGGUAUGUCCCAGCAAUCAGACACACCUUCAUGUUCAGAUGAUUCUGAAGAUAACAUCAUCGACCCAGCCAGCAUAUACACUAUAGAAGAAUUCAUUUCUGAGCAAAGCAUCAUGGACAAUUUGCUUGAACGGAUCACUGUGAAAAUUCAGUCCAAGAUUGAAGCUCAGAAGGCUGGUACAUCUCACCAUCCAAGGGGUGAACGGAAAUCUUUAAACAGGAAUCAUGAAGGGGGCCAUCAACGACUUGUGAAAGAUUACUUCUCUCAAGAUCCAAUCUAUAGUGAUAAACAGUUUCGUGCAAGGUACCGGAUGAGAAAACCCAUUUUUCUGCGUAUCGUCCAUGCCUUAGGUGAAUGGUCUCCCUAUUUCACCAACAGGAGAGAUGCCUCCAGUCGUCAAGGACUCUCACCUUUGCAAAAAUGCACAGCAGCCAUUCGUAUAUUAGCAUGUGGUUCCCUUGGUGAUGCCAAUGAAAAAUACGUAGAAAUUGGUAAGAGCACAGAGCUAGAGUGUUUGGAGCGGUUUGUGGAAGGGGUGAUCGACAAUUUUGGUGAAGAAUAUUUGCGAAGCCCCACUAGUGAGGAUAUGCAACAUAUACUACAAGUGAAUGAGGCACGGGGGUUCCCUGGCAUGUUAGGAAGUACUGGUUGUAUGCGUUGGGAGUGGAAAAAUUGCCCAGUUAAAUGGAAACGUCACCUUACUCAUACCGAUCAUGGUGCUGCUACGAUGAUUCUUGAAGCGGUUGCUUCACAUGACCACUGGAUAUGGCAUGCUUUCUUUGCUGUCAUUGGGUCCAACAAUGAGAUGAAAAUUAUCAGUCAACAACAGUUGUUUACCGAGGUGUUGAAAGGCCAAGUUACUCAGGUGCAAUUCUCUGUCAAUGGGAAGCAAUACAAUACGGGUUACUAUCUUGCUGAUGGAACAUACCCAGAAGGCAAUGUCUUCAUUAAAACAGUAUCCCUCCCUCAGAGCGAAAAGGAUCGAAUAUUUGCACGGCAUCAAGAAGGAGCAAGGAAGGACGUCCAAGAAGCAUUUCGACUUCUACAGUCUCGUUUUGCCAUUGUGCGUGGUCCAACUCGUUUCUUUCAACAAGAGAUUCUUGCAAAAAUCAUGCAAGCCUGCAUUAUACUUCACAACAUGACAAUUGAGGAUGAGAAAGAUAUGGCCAGCGCUUGUUUUGACCCAGAUGAAAUUUCAGGGACAUUGGCUGUUAUUUUAUCAGACAUCAACACUGUGCCUGCUGAUUCUUUUACUGAAGUGCUACAUAGAAAUGCUUCUGUUUGUGCUCCACCGAAACAUACACGACUUAGAAGGGACUUAAUGGAGCAUAUUUGGCAGCGAUUUGGUCCAUUUGGCAACCAGUAAAACAAUUAAUCCUAGUGUGGUAAUAUUAGACUUAUAACUUUGUUUAAUUUUUUGUUAUAACUUUGUUUAAUUUUUUGUUAUAACUUAUAAUCCUGCAAUAUUAGACUUAUAACUUUGUUUAAUUUUUUGGUACAUUUGGCUUUGUUUCUAAUUAUCUGUAAUAAAUAUUUGAGUAUUGCCGUCCAGUGACAUUUAAAUUAUACUCCAUUAUUAAAUGUAUUAUGAAAUCUUUCGAGAUUGUUCAUCCUCAACCAUGGAUGUUCAGGUUUGAUUAGUUUGUUUACACAAAAUGUAUUUCAGGUUUGGAUUUUUUUUUUUUUUUGAAGAAAACUAAAAUGAAUUAUUUACCUCAUUUAUUUCUGUUUACACAAUUUUGACCUAGAUGUAAGCCAAAUAAUUAGAGAAAAAUUCCAGGAAAAGUCAGUGAAGGUCAAGGCUAUCUGGCUUUAACUACCACCAAACAGCUGUCAGCAUAAAUUGCUACAUUUUCAGAAAGACAUUUUAAAGUUGCUCCCAACAAAUCCUAGGUUUUCAACAGAAGUCCUCAAUCUAGACUGGAAGUUGCUAAUUUGUUAAAGUUAGCUCUUCGAUACAGCUCCCUGCAGUGAGUUGAUCAUGGUCAUCUUUUUUCUAUAUAUUACCAGGGAGUGCUUAGGCAGGCUUUUCGUAUGCACCUUUUGAAGUACUGUAGGCCAACAAGUUGGAAUUUUUCAGCAGAAUUUUAUUGUGCAUAACAGCAAUCUCAAGCAGGAGUUCCAUUGGAUUACCUGGGGACUGGGGUAGUAGAUUUCCAACAUAAUAACUAGUGAUGUGCUUCUACUGUUUCUUUUGUCUAAGAUACCAACUAUGGAUACGUUGGUUAUUUUGUAAAAAUAGCAUUUGGACUUCAGGAGCAUAUUACUCGGUACUAUGAAUUAUGAUGACACUUGCAGAGUUUCA